AUGGCCGGCCGCGGCGUCCUGGUGCUGCGACGUCGGCCCGCCGCUCCCGAUUACGGCGACGACGAUGGGCUCUGCGUUCGGCUGGACGAGGACGAGGAGUGUCCAGGGAGCACCGCGACCACCUGUCCGCCGCAGCCGCCGACGACGACAACGACGACGACGUGCGCCCCGACCACCGAGGCCGCGAGCAAGAGCCCUCGGCAUCGCUGCAUCUGCCCGAUCGACAUCGUCCCCGGCUGCGCCUCCUCGAGUUGCUGCUGCCUCUCUCUCUCCUUGUUUCCCUCCCCGUGCGCGGCGUCCUUCGCCUCGUCCUCUUCCGGGGAGCCGAGAAGGAAUCCGCGCGGGCGCCCGGAAGACCCGGAGGGGCAGGCGGACGUCGAGGAGUCCACCGCGGCGGCCGACCUCUACGAGGAGGAGGGGAGGGACGACCGAGAGGAGACUUCGCCCGCGGGGGACCUUGUUCGCUCGGGGAAGGAUUCGGUAAUGUACCCGAUCUUGGUCGCUUCCGUGGACGCGCGGCGUCCCGACUCUCUCGGGUACGCGUCAAAAUCUGUCCUUCAGCGCAGAAGAAUCCGGGCGUGACGAUCGAGACCCUGGCGAGACCCUGGCGAAACCUCGCUUGGAAGGAGAAGCGCAGCGUUUGCCGUCUUCGAAACCACCGCGGAGAAAC